CCUCAUAUGGAGCACAAAUGCGAGGCUGGCCAAAUCCGCUGCAUGAAAGUCAGUCUUUAUAAUCCGAAGCUGGAGAUAACUGCGAGCCCAUGUGUGUGUGUGUGUGUGUGUGUGUGCGUUUGUGCGUGGGGGUGUGUGCAUUUGUGUGUGUGCGCAAGGUCCAAGCAGUGAAACUUGAGGAUGGGCCAGCCGUCUGCCUGCCUCUCCACGCAGACCGGCGGAAGGCUUUUUGAAGGACCGGAGAGGCCGCCUACAGGCUGAGUCACCGUGUCACACGUUGACCCACGUCUGAGACUUCACCCGUCGUCGGUGGCGCGUGGGCGCCCGGGCUCGGAACGCGGAUGGGUGUAUUCCGCUCGGAAUAUGCGAGGGUUAUCCCCGAGAGCUGCUCCAUUUGAAUGUAAAUGAAUGCAGGUUGCUCUUCCGCCGAAGGAAUUUUCGGCUUUGAUAUUCAACCGAGCGCAUCUGCUUAUCAUGCAGCAGACACAAAUGAUGUUAUUUUUCAGUUCCCGAUAACACGCGGUAGCUUUAUAAUGACUGAUCCCGUGACAGCCGUCGGUGAGUUCCACUUGAAUCAGUAGCAGUCACAAAAGAGAGGGCAGAAAACGAUCCGAAAUCAAGCUCAUGUAAAACUGACGAAAAAGCUUGCCAAAAAGGUGUACACAAAAUUCUUGCAUCCAUAACUGCCGUGGAUGUUUAUGUUUGCUAAACAUCUAAUGCAACCGUUUACUACACAGUCUUCGAUUUUUUCACAUUUUUUUUCCAACGGGCCGGUGAGAAUCAGCUAUGUAACCACUAUAAUAGCUCACAGACCCCGGAAGACGACGCUUUGGGUUUGAGAUCAGCACUGCUUUUGAGCGGAAGAUAAAGAUUGUUGGCUCGCCACGUCGGUAACGCGGAGAAACGCAGACUCGAUGGAAGUCAGAGAAGUUUGGACACCUUCGACGUGGACAGAAUAUUUACAUGUACGGUCGAAACAGUCGAAAAAGCGUCAGUCACGAUGGUGAGACGAGAUGAAAGUUGAGUGCAUGACAAAAGCCAUGCGAAAAAAGUCACUAAUAUUGAAUUAAAGCGUAUGUAUGGUGUACAAUAAUAAAUCAGUUCAAAAGCCAUCUCAGUUAAGUUUUUCUUUUUUUGUUAUAGUCUGAUGUGUCACAAAAGUAAAAAAAUAUUCAUGUCCAACUCACAUUUUGGUCCGAAACGGUUGCUUUUGGUGAAACCGACCCAUGUCCCGUUGCUAAUUGCUGGCGAUGUGGGGAACGGCUUUGAAAACAGCUCGCGGUGAAUUAUUUCAUCACGGAUCAGAACAAGAAUCGCUUGUGUCGUUUUGUGCCGAAAGGAGCCUUCAGUAUCAGGAACGUCUCAAACAUAUUUGGAAUUGCAAUGAAUACCUCUCAAUCAACUAAAAAUGAGUGCGGUUCUUUUUCAAAAAGCAUUAUUUUAAAGGAAAGGGAAUAUUUCAGUCACAUAUUUGUUUUGCGGCCAAACAUGUUUCCCGUUAUAUUUGAAUCAAUCCAGUACAAUCUGCCCUUUGUUUUUCUUCCAGACUAUUUUUCCGGUCACCUGCAUCCUAUUAAUUCAAUGACUUUCAUUUGUUUGUCAAGAUUGGCUGCUGCCAUGUGAUCCCUUGUUGUGAGUCUGUCAAGUAGGCGGGAUCUAUAUCUUAUACAUGGGUGAAACGAACAAUAACAUUAAUAAUUCAUCAAUUGUGAAUUAUACAUUCAAAUCACAUUUCCAAUUCACUUCGAAGAUGCGCGUAAAUCAUGAGAUGCUUCCCCCCGGCGGAAUUGACAAAGAAGUCAAUAAAAGACACGGAGAAAGCGCACAUCCAAGCAGAUCAUAGCAAGGGCCACAAAUCAUGGAAUCGCCCCCUAGUGGCUGCAAUAGGGACGACUAUGAACAAUGUCCAUGUACCCAGGAGAGGUUUGUUAAUGGUCACGCAGGGGCAAGGUUUGUGAUGCCAUGUCUCCGUUUGUGUUGUGUUCUGUUCCUGGCUAUGAACAAAGCCGCCGCAGCAUCGGCGACGCGCCGCAACGAUGACGGGCUGCAGCCGCUGAGCUCACAUGCUUUUCGUGGCUCUGUUCCCUUUAGAGCGCCGGUGUACCAAAAAAAGACGCCGCAUCAUAGGGGCCGCCACUUUUGCUACGCGCCCUUCUGAUCCCUCUCUUAAGGCCGGGGGGUGGCAGCUGCGGGAGAUUAGACGCGGCGAGAGCACCGCCGCACGGAGAUCUGCUUCGGACCGGAGACCGAUUUUGACUUGAUUCGGAAUUCCAAAGGUCGGUUUAAACUAAAUGUUUUUUUUUUUUUUUUUUUAAUGUGAGCGGUCUAAGCUGAUCCCGGUUUGACGAUGAGUUGUUUCGGAUACCGCCGGGAGCUGAGCAAGUACGAAGACGUGGACGAGGAUGAGCUCCUGGCGUCGCUCAGUCCCGAAGAGCUGGCCGAGCUGGAGAAGGAGCUGGUGGACAUCGACCCGGACGCCAACGUGCCUAUUGGGCUACGGCAGAGGGACCAGACAGACAAGACCCCGACAGGGACCUUCAGCAGGGAGGCCCUCAUGAAAUACUGGGAAGCCGAGACCCAGAAAAUCCUGGAAAAUGAAAUCGCUGGGGGCAGCCCUAAAACGGAUGAAGACGAUGAGGAUGUGAAGGACAGAAAAAGCCAAUCAGAAGACGAAAAGGAUGACGGAAGCGAGAAAGAGCAAGAAAUGCCACAAGAGGAGGAAGAAGAGGAGGAUGAAGAAGAGGAAAGCGAAGAGGAGGAGGAGGAGGAAGAGGAGGUCGUAACAGAAGAAGAUGAUGACGAAGAGGAAAAAGCUCACCUGGAGCCCGUAGCGCCGCCGAUGCCUGUCAGCACCCCCCACCAACUGAAGCCGCAGAGGGUGGAGCCUGUCAGACUGACUCCUCCCCCUCCUCCUGCAGACCCUAACGCCAACGGGAACCCCACCGUCGUGGACGAGGCCCUGCAGCGGUCGCUGGACGACGACCCCGAGCUUACGGAAGUUAACUUGAAUAACAUCGACGACAUCUCACAGGAGACCCUGAUCCGAUUCGCGGAAGCUCUGAGGGCCAACACGCACGUGCGCGUCUUCAGCCUUGCCAAUACCCACGCGGACGACCCGGUGGCUCUGGCCAUCGCCAAAAUGCUGCGGGAGAACUCGUCCAUCGUGAGCCUCAACAUCGAGUCCAACUACGUGAGCGGGAAGGGCGUCCUGGCACUGGUUCAAGCCCUCCCAGGAAACAACACCCUGACCGAGCUCAGAUUCCACAACCAGAGGCACAUCUGUGGAGGACAGGUAGAGAUGGAGAUGGUGAAGAUACUCCGGGAAAACCACACCUUGAUCAAGCUGGGGUACCAGUUCAACCUACCCGGUCCCAGGAUGAGCAUGACGGGCAUCCUCACCAGGAACCAGGACCGUCAGAGGCAGAAACGGCUGCAGGAGCAGAGGCAGCAGCAGGGGGCGCCGGAAGGAGCCGCCAACCCCAGAACCACCGCACUGAAAGGAACACCCUGCAGCUCACCGAGAUCCUCUCCGUGGUCCUCUCCUAAAGUUCCGCGGAGCAACCUGGCCAAGAAACAGGCACCUCCUGCACCGCCACCUCCGCCCCCCCCUCCUCCGCCGCCGCCACCGCCGCCGCCGCCGCCCCCUCCUAUGCCACUGCUUCCCUCUCGUCAGGAGAAGAAGAAGCCCACCCGGACCAUCGCGGAGGUGAUCAAAUCCCACGAGGCGAGCAGCAAGAAGGCCAAGACCAAAGGGAAGAAGGGCAAGAAGGGCAAAGCCAAGGACGAGACCACCUGCAUCCUCAAGGAGCUGAAGAACGCGUUGAGGCCCGUGGCGGCGGAGAGGCGGGGGGAGGACGGGAGCAGGCCGUCCACGCCCAUGAGGUCGGCCCACGAUCAGCUGAUGGACUCCAUCCGGGGCAGCAGCAUCCGCAACCUGAGGAAGGUUGAACUCCCGUUGCACCUCCGAUAAUGGAGAAGAAAGAAGAAGUUGCCAUGGUUACUGGCUGGGGCCCAGGAAGAGAAACAGUGGUUCAAUAAAAAAAAAAAAAAAAGUUUGAUUUUUUUAUUUUGUAACUUUAUUUUACUGUUAAGAUCUCAAGUUGUUUACUGAUGUUUUUUUUUUUGUCUUGUAAACUUGUAAAUAUGACGUGCUCUUGUCUGACUGAAUGAAGCGUUCAUUUCUAAAUGCAGAUUGUUUUGUUUGUCUUUUUUAUUUUUUAUUUUUAUUUAACUUCCUAUCCAGUGGCAGUUUACUGAGAUGCAAAUGAAGCAUUCAUUUUUCUCCCACCGGGGUUACUGUAUACGGCGCUCACAAUACGCGAUGAGUGGGGGCCGAUAACAAUUCGACACCCUCGUCGUUGACAUAAAAGAGGAUAUUAUCAUGAGCUACGUUUCGGUUGCAAGGAACAGGAAAUGCUUUGUUUGUGUCAUUCUGACGGACGAGGCCCGGUCGACAGAUGCAUGCAUAGAAUGUGUUUUGGGAGGUGAGAAGCGCCUUAAGACCUGCGCCAGACGUGCAAAAUACUAUUAACUUUUGCCGCCCGCUCUCUUCGGGGCAAUCUGCACGUUGCAUCCGACACUUUUAGGACUUGUGACAACACGUGUGCUGGAUAUCCCUCCCCUCGGAGCGCGAGCGCAUUCCGUGGCCUAAGUGUUCCUAAGAAU